AUGGCAGAUAGCAUAGUCAGAGAUGCUUUCGCGUCAAUUCGAGGCCAGGACGCGCCAUUAUCUGCCACGUCCUAUCUUGUCCUCUUAGCUGCUCUUUUCGUCGCGUCUACUUGGGUGUAUUCACGCUUUCAAAAGAACGAGCCAAAGGAUGACUUUCCUCCGUGGGUUCCGCUUGAGAUUGGCGUGAGCAGCGCAUUGAUUCAAGUCGGUGGAACUGUUUCAAACAUUUUUUCGCUCCUUUCGCGCGGUAAAGGGUCCCUAUUCGGUCUCACCUCACGACACCAAAUCCUCCACAACCUCGACAACAUUGACAGAGUGUUCACCAAGGGGCCACAUAUUCUCAGCGCCGACGUUUUGGGAUUGCGUUUGGGCAUUCGUGUCUUUGGUGCUAAUCUGACUCAAGAUGUUUGCCAAAAGUUUAUGGCCAUAAACAGAAAGUUGACGCAGAUAAUUGAACGAUACUUUGUCAACGAGGCUUCGGCAACGGCUUCGAUCCAGGCGGCCCAUAUUCCGGAAAAAGUAGCCCAGCUGCUUAGCUUUUCAUCGGAUGCUAAGAGACAACACCAGUGGGAGCGAUGUGCGUCCAUUCGGGUUAUAUCGGAUGAUUCCAAAGGACAACCGGAUACCGUUGAAGCAGAUCUUGAGUUGCUCAUGAGAGACUUUGGCGCCUGUGUCUCCAUUCCGCGACUAUACGGUCAGGACUUUUUGGAUCGCAAUCAUAACCUCCUUGAAGAUUUCUGGAAAUUUGACAACAACGCAUUCCCUCUACUCGUGAUUGGUGUGCCUACGUGGGCUCCCAUCAAGUCUUUCAAAGAGGCUCUCGCAGCUCGCACUCGCCUCCACGAUGCGCUCGAAGGGUUUUACAACCGCAUAAAUCAGUACAAGCGCGGCCUCGCAGUGGACUUUGACGCCGAUAUGAGCGAUCACGAUGUCCCUAUGCGCGCACGAGCAGAGCUCGAAUUGGGCACUUUUUGGGGCUUGAAUGCCAAUAUGCAACCGAUGGUUUUCUGGCUUCUGCUCUAUAUCCACUCUACUCCUGGGCUAUUACAAGAGUUGCGGGAGGAGGUCAGCUCUUGCAUAUCCUUAUCAACGGCAGCUAAUCCGCCGCAAAUCACCGCACUGGUUGAAGAACCAACAUCUAUUCGAUAUGUGUCAAAACCCUUGACAGUGCCUGAUGGCAACCUUGAGCACCACUUCAAGCCGGGAACCUGGCUUUCGGCCCCUCACGCCCUUCUCCAAUCCGACCCAUCGAUCUUCCCCGAGCCCGACAAAUUUAUUCCGGAUAGGUUCAUUGAAACAGAUAAAGAGACAGGUGCCCGAGUCGCCCGAUAUGGAAAACUUAAACCAUGGGGAUCCGGAUCGGGAGUAUGCAAGGGAAGGACGUUUGCUGAGAAAGAGGUCAUGGGAAUUGUUGCUUGCUUCAUCACAUUGUGGGAUAUGGACAAUGCUGAAGGCUCGUGGAAGCUCCCCAGUAUGAUUCCCGGUACUGGAGUCAAGCGCCCACAGAAGGCCAUUCGCGUUGUCAUCAAGCGCCGCAAUUUUGUAUAA